AUGCACAACGUCAAACGCGUGCCUGUCAGUGUGCAAUCAGCGGAAGUGCUUGAACAGCGCCGUGCUGAGGAAGCUCGGAAGCUGGACACCUACAAGCAAAUUGAAGACACGUAUUUGGAGCACCGACGAAAUGGUGAUCAUUCAACCGAGGCAUUGGAGAGUACCACGUCCAUUCUGUCUUGCAAUCCCGAAUACUAUUCCGCAUGGAACUACAGGAGAACAAUUUUGUUGUACAUGUUUGAGCAAGGUGAUACCAAUCUGAAGAGGCGGCUGCUGGAGGGUGACCUUCUUAUGCUCCAACAAAGUAUGAAGUCACAUCCCAAAGUGUAUUGGUUGUGGAAUCAUCGCCGGUGGUGUUUAUGCUUGCUUCCAUCCAGUGAUGUGCAGGACAAAGGAGAGAAAUGGAGGCAAGAACUGCGGCUCGUUAAUAUGAUGCUUGAAAUGGAUCCCAGGAACUUUAUGGGCUGGAAUUAUCGUCGCUGGGUGAUUGAAGAGCUCGCCAAAGCGCAAACAAAUCAAGAAAAUGUACCACCUUUCCCCUCCUCGCUUUCUAGCGACCUAGAUGACAAGACCCGUGCUAUUCAUUUGGAACUCGCACGCCAUGAACUAAAAUACACACUCACCAAAAUUGAGCAAAAUUUUAGUAACUUUAGCGCAUGGCACAACAGAUCGAAGCUCCUGCCCCGCAUCUGGGAUGGCGAGAAAUUAGACGCUGCAGCACGCUCUCAGCAGCGUCAAGCAGAAUUUGAAUUGCUUCAGCAAGCCAUGUAUACGGAUCCUGGCGACCAAAGUAUAUGGAUUUACCAUCGAUGGCUCGUAUCGCUAGACCCCAACCUCGAAACGCUCAAAGAACAGAUCCAAGUCAUCCAUGAACUUGCUGAGAUGGAGCCAGAGAGUAAAUGGUGCAUGCAAUCCUUGGCUCACUAUAAGCAACAAUUGCUAUCUUUUCAUCAGAAUGGCAUCACACAAAGCGAAGCGCAAAAACUCGAAAACCAAGUUCGCGAACAUCUUACUCAAUUAGAAGAGAUUGAUUCGCUGCGUCGACACCGAUAUCGUGAUCUGCUCAAUAUUCCACCGUCAUCUCCUAGUAGGCAUUAA